UGCCAUCUACAACAAAUGGCAAAUAUAGUUUAUCUAUUGUUGACUCUUUUAACCAUCACUACCUUUGCAACAAGAUGUCUAGCCACAACCUACACGGUUGGCGACUCGAUGGGCUGGGACAUAAGCACCGACGUCGAUUCAUGGGCCAAAGACAAACAUUUUGUCGUCGGUGAUGUUCUUUUGUUUCAAUUUUCAUCAAGUCAUAGUGUGGCUGAGGUGAACCGAGACAGUUACCAGGGGUGCAACACGACCAACGUACUACAACCGAGUAGUAGUAAUGGGAGCACAACAUUCGCUUUGACAAAGCCCGGUGAUAGGUACUUUGUAUGCGGUAACAGGCUACAUUGCUAUGCUGGAAUGAAGCUACACGUGGUUGUCGAUGGAAAAGCGGCAGAAGGGCCUGUAGCAGCAGCCCCAGAGCCGCAGGCUGGUGGCGAUUCCACCACUACUACUACUGCUACUACUACUACUGCUACUACUACUACAACCCCUACCACCACCACCACCACCACUAACACCCCUUCGAAAAAUAAAAAACCUUCAUCACUUGUCCCUAAUUCAGUCGUUUCUGUGCCUACCGGAUUAAAGUCAUUUGUUUUCGUCGGUUUUACAUGUAUCCUAUCUUGGAUUAUUUAAGAACUUUGUAUUGUUUUGAAGUUUGCUUUUGGUAUGUUAUAUCUGUUAAGUAAAGGUUUAUGUUGUUGAGUUGUUGCUAUAUCAAACAACUUUAACAUAUAUCCAGUGUUUUGAACAUUGGACCAGUCAUCUUAUUGGUUCACUCUUUAGCUAUACAAGACUACUUUUUAUUGA